AUGCUGUUCCUGCAACUUGUGUUGCUGGUGGUUCUCCUCCCAGGUGGUGACAGUGAAGAUGCUUUCCAGGAGCCGAUGUCCUUCCAAAUUAUCUUGACCGUAUCCUUUUACAACCAUUCCUGGACACAAAAUCUGGGUUCAGCUUGGCUGAAUGAGCUGCAGACUCAUGGCUGGGACAAUAAGACUGGGGCUUUCAUUUUCCUUUGGCCUUGGUCCAGGGGCAACUGGACCACUGAGCAGCUGAUGAAAUUGGAAAAGUUAUUGUACACAUACUCCAUUGGAUUUCGUCAGGUGUUUCAAGACCAUGUCAGACACUGGCAGCUUGAAUAUCCCUUCCAGGUACAGCUGGCAGAAGGCUGUAAGCUACACACUGGGGAAGCAUCAGUAGGAUUUGUGCGGAUUGCUUAUCAAGGGGCAGAUCUCGCAAGCUUCCAGAACAUGGCAUGGUGGCCAUCUCCAAAGGGAGGAAGUAGGGCUCAGCAGGUCUGCAAACUAUUCAAUCAGUACCAUAUGACCAAUGAGAGACUACACACACUCUUUAGUGACUCCUGCCCCCGGUUCCUCUUGAGUCUUCUUGAUGCAGGGAAGGAAGAUCUCCAGCGACAAGAGAGGCCAGAGGCCUGGCUGUCCACUGGCCCCAGUCCCGGUCCUGGCCAUCUCCUGCUGGUGUGCCAUAUCUCUGGCUUCCACCCAAAGCCUGUGUGGGUGAUGUGGAUGCGAGGUGAGAAGGAGCAACAGGGCACCCAGCGAGGUGAUCUCCUGCCCCAUGCUGAUGGGACAUGGUAUCUUCAGACGUCCUUGGAUGUGAAAGCCAGUGAGGCAGCUGGCCUGUCAUGCCGAGUGAGACAUAGCAGUCUAGGAGGCCAGGACAUUGUCCUCCACUGGGAACAGCCCCACUCCGUGGGCUUGGUCUUCCUGGCAGUAAUAGUGCCCCUGGUGUUUCUGGCAGUUCUGGCGUUGUGGCUCUGGAAGCGCUGGAAAACACACUGGAGACCUCAGUGCACUGGCUUCCCUUUGGAGUGA